UGAAUGGUCAUCAACACAAUCCUCUCAGCGCCCAUGUAAGUUGAAGCAGCAAAACACAUUUUGCGAACUGGCGUAUGAAUGAAAUGUGUUUCCAUAUGCUUUUAUCCGAUCCGCACAAGGGUUGAGGUUGAUUAACGUUGUUUAUCCCAUUGCCGCUUUCGCCUGGCGAGGUGCCCUGUUCGCUCGGAGCUAACCACGGCUGAAGCGAUGUUUUUCAGCUAGAGAGUCUAGCCAGCUAACUGACAGGCUGAGUGGCCAGGCGGCGAGUAAGCGCCUGUUUUGCCAUCCAGGAUAGUCUUGGAUGGGCGAUGUUAAGUGUAUUUGAAUGGGAGUGAUUACGAAAAGCGAAUUAAUGGUGCUGCUGUUGACAGUGUUUGUAAAGGUUUAACUUUGGGGACAACACCCAGGCCGGAUGCAAUGGAAACUCCGCCGCGGGUCGACCAGGAUAUGCUAAAUUAAUUGGACUAGCUCACAAUUUAGACUUAGUCCUCAGUUAAGCACUGGUUAUUACCAACGCAAAGAGGGGUCUCUUAAUGCAAACCUAUACUGUAAGACCUGUAGGACUAAAUACGCCACCAUGAAAUACAAGACAACAAGGUGUGAUUAAGGAAGCCUAUGUGACAGAUGGCCCUUUACCUCCAAUAUAAAUGCAUGUGUUUGAGCUUACCUGUGAGAGCCGUUUUAUGGUGGUGGUGUCAGUUGGACAUGAUUCUGAGUUUAAUUUUUAAUGGUUAAUGCCAUAUUUGGAGUAGAUAAUGACAUAAAAGGAUGCCACAAUAUGUAUGACUAAAUAUCUUUAUCAAUAAUGGGACAUUUGGGUGUGACAGUUUGUGCUUUAUUACUAUAUAGCGUUUUAGAUACGUGACAAACUACUCAGAGAAUUAAACGGUUAAAUGCUCAGGUUGUAAAGCCCCGGGGCCAAGGGCACUACACACGGGCGUUAACUGUGUCUUACCAGCUUGAUACUUUCAGGUCUUCAGGUGAGCUCACGUAACCCGGAGGGCGGGUAACCAAACUGCACACUUUAGGUUUGAGUCUGGGGUGAUAAAGACAGCUGGUAACCUCUGGCAGCUGUUAUGAAUGCUAAAUAUUGAGUAUACAGACCAUAAUGUGACUACACAUUAAAUAACUAUGACCUCGCUCCGCAGAAGAGCACCGGUGUGCGCUGUAAAGCAAAAUGAGCACCCUCCGGUGCACCACGUUAGCUUGUACUGCUAGCUACAAGAGGAGCAGACAAACCAUCAAAACGGGGACAACGAUGUAUUCUGACUUUAUCUACCACACCGGUUAGCACCACCUGAGAAUAAAACGAUAAACUACAUUGAUGUUUUCAGCUAAUAUGUCCUACAGCUGAGUGUUUUAAAGCAUGUGAUUUUUCUAAAUGUCCAUGGUAACAGCUGACUAAGGUUUGACAGCUAUCCCACCAGAUUUCCAUUUGUAACAAUUACCCAGAGGAAGCGGUGCAGGAAAUUCGCUUGGCUUAAGCCUUUUUCUGUGUUAUUAGAUCCACAAAUCAUCUGCUGAUGACCACAUCUGAAGGUAUGUUUAUCUGCACUUAGACUCUUGCUGAGUUGUGUGUCCCUCUUUUGGAACUAAAGCUAAUCGUUUUUGGUUUUUACAGAUUUUCGCGGAACAAUACUAUAAACACUAUUACUAUAUAUAUAUGAUUUUAAAAGAGGAGUAUCAGUCUAAACUAAUUUUCUCCUGCAUGUUUCUAUGCAGUAAUAGUGUUACCUGCUGCAAGAAGACACUCCAGUUUUCAGUCUACAAGCAGCUGACAAAAUGUGAGCAGUAACACUAAGUGAAGAGAAAAAUGGAGAGAAAAUUCAAAGGAGCUACUGAAUAUAUGAUUUUCAUCCCAUUUUCAUUAUCAUUCAAAAUAAAUGUGAAUAAAUACAUACAAUCGGAAACUAGCGAGUGCUUUUCUUAAGUGAUGUGUAGGAAUCCUGGAACAUUGCAUGUAGGCCUGUGCUGUAGCAAUGACCCAUGCAGACACAUUGCUUCCAGAUCAAAAAUGGACCUGCUGCCCUUUUGCUGAAAAGUUUAAAAGCUUAAAUGCUGCUAGACAUGCACAACACUCUGUAGAUGGUGUGACCUUGGAGCACUGCAUGUACAGAGAGUGAUAGGCAAAUGUUGGCUGACCCAGUUCAAAGAGAACACUUUGCCCUUAGCCUAGAGGAGUCGGACACCAUUGUAUUUUCAUUGUAGAUGAAGGAUAUAGUUCCAUGUCUGUGUGGAAGUUUUGUUCCUAUGUCUUGCUUUGAGUUUCGAGCCGAGCUUACAAACCAAUACGUUGCACUGAAUCACUAAUCAGUAUCAGGAAAUGUGGUUGAAGAGUAACUGUUUUUCAUACAUAGAUGAAGCUUAGUGUUAAAUCAGUUGGUUACAUAGUUAUAUAGCCUAUAUAUGAUAAUUGGUAGCCUUAACAUUAUGACAUGUAUAUCAAAGAGCCAGUAAGAUGUGCACUUAUACCUGGCAUCUGUGAGUUUUAAAGCAGCAGCCAUGAAAACUUGCAUAUACAAACACUGGUUUAACACAGACUGUGUAACAUGACUUCAUUGUGGUUAGCUGUAAUGUCACAAAAAAAUUAACUUAUGUUUGAGAGAAUGCAGUUUGAAGUUCCGAGUAGUCUUUUUAUACUUACAGUAUUUCCCUUACAGAGAGCGGGAUGUUUCAUGUGAAAUAAUCUUUUGACGUUUUCAUUUUUUUUGAGUAAUGAGUGAAAUGAGCGACAGCAGUAAGUGAACAGUUUUUUAAAAAAAUGAAAUGGCCUUUGUUCAGUCACGUUGAUCAGCAAGAAUUGGUAAGGAUACACUCUUUUCAUUAUUGUACUAUUCACUACCACCUACCCUUUAACAGAGUGCUUUCCAACACUGCAGAUGUAACAGCAGGACCAGCAGUAAUGAGUCACUGUGUAUCACUAAUGGAGCAUUUCAAAGGGUUUUUGGUGCUAGAUUGUGCUGCUGGGUUGUUAAAUGAUACUUCGUAGCUCUGCUGACUCGUGGAAUCAUUUUUCUGUCUGUCUGCAAAAUAAUCCAUGUGCUACAUAGUCAGACCCAUUGCUUUAGGCUGGGAUAUUUCCUUUAGAGAAACAUGCUUCUCACUAUGCCUUGUCUGUCUGUGUGCUUGAAGACUAAAGCAGGGCACAAACUUACUGUUGAGAAGUAAAAUGUAUUCUGGUCUUUAAGAAGUCCAUAGAAAUGUUGGUUUUCGUGCUUAGCAAUAGGUGUAAUUCAGGUUUACUUUAACAAUAUGUCAUUUAGAAUGCAUGCUGUGCAAACUAAUCAAACCUUUCAAUUUAUGUUUCACUGCUGUUCAUCAGCACUGCAACCAGGGACAGCCGAUGUUUUGGUUUUGAUCCCAUGUGAUUCAAGCAUGCAGAGGCAUAGCAGAACCAGUGUAGCUGUGUCUGUUUCUGCCAUUAGUAAUGGGUAUGCUUGAACACUGAAGUUGAAGUACUGAAUUUCCAAAAAUGAAGGAUUAAUUUGAUUAAAGAGAUCAAUUUCAUCAAUUAAAAUUUUGUGAAAAAAUGAAUUCCUUUAUUAAUAAAGGUGCGAAUCUGUAAAUGUAAACACAGAACAAUUUAAAGUGCUAACGCUGCCAUUUGGGUUUGAGGUUUUAGGAAUGUUCUGGCUGUGAACCACAUAGUGUCAAAUAAGUACAGGUACUGUAAAAAAGAGAGUUUUUAAAGCUGAUGUCCAUCUGGUCAUGUGAGAAAUCAUCAAAAAUAAAAAACUAGACGUUUGUAUUCAAGGACAGCAUGCACGUUUGUUGGUUCGUUGGCCGAGGAGAAAAAGAGGACAGGAGGGAUCUCUCUCAGGCUAACGUCCCCCACCGCCCUUGUACGUGCUACAGAUGAGUUGUGCAGUGACAGCUCCCUUGAGCAGUGUUCAUGCCAUGAUUUUGUAUGUUUGUUUCUAUGUAGAACUAGUAUUAUUACUUAUGUUGUCAUGUAUCCUGUAAUGUACAAUAGAUGCCAUUAUAACAUAACAAUGCUCAUUAUGCACCGAUUUACUGCUGGGUCUUAAGAUUUUAAAACAAAGGUCCAUUUGGUCGUUGACAAUUUCUUACAGUCAGCAUAACUCUUUUAAGCGUCGUCUGGUGUAGCAUUCCUUUACAUAUCCAUUAUUACCAGUUACUACUGAGUUAAAGGUUUGUGUUCAAGCCUGUUCAUUUCUGUGUGAUGCUAAAGUACGCCUAUUUUUCAACCCUUUCCCUCUCUGUUGUAUGAAGCAUAUUAUUUAUGAUUUUUGUUUAUAUUUCAGCUUCAUUUAGCCAAUCCUGAGUUGUGAGUCAGUAGAGGAGAAGCUGCGCUGAUGGUAAGAUCUCUGUGACACUCUAUCUCACCUCUUGCUCUCUUUCUCACUGUCUCAUUACAUGUUGGUAAACCACAAUGCUUUUUAUAUAAGCUGUCAUCUGAGAGCCAAAGACUUGGAAUGGUCCUUUACAUUACAGGAUUUAGCCUUGUUAUAAAAUGAGAUGCAAAGAGGAGGCCACCGUGGAUCGUUGCACACCUUAAUCAUUUGAGAAUUAGAUAACAAUCACUGCCCAUUUAGAAUUUCAUUUUCAUUUUUCACUCUGUAGUCUUUGUUAGCAUCAUCCAAGCACUUUCAAUUAUGUUGAUUUAUUAAUUUCCUUAAUGAAUACUUUCUGAAAUGUAGUUAUUCAACUAUCAUGAGAGCGUUUGUACAAUUGGGCUUGAAUGCCCAGAAAUAAACAAUGGAAAGUGAUUUCAGAAACAGCUAAAGGCAUCGACCUUCAACAUGCAAUAUAACAAACCUCGACAUUUCAGAAACUGUUCUCAAAGCUUGUUUACUUUGUAGACUGUUUUUACAUUACCGGGUUGGCACCAUCAGACAUGCCACAUGCUUUUUAGCUAAAAUGGAUACCCACUGUUUUCAUUCAGCAGAGAGAAAAUAUAAAGCUUUUUUCAAUCAUGAAUUUUUGGACAAAAUGAACACGAAACCUUCUUAUACAGAACUGCAAAAAAGUGGUCAUAUCUGUGUCAACCCAGUUUAUGUUGCUUGGUGUUUUUAUAUUCUGCUGCUGCUUAUUAUGUUCAUCACUCAUUGCUGCAUGUCAUAAUCCAUUUUAUUUUCCUUUUGUGGUAGACAAGCAUGACAUUGAGCCAAGCCACAGAUGCAUGCGCACUCAGAAGGCCCAACUGAGCGCCAUCCCCUCUGCUUCCCGGCUUUCAACCAGUCUCUUGGGGGGGGAGGGAGGGGGGUGUCGACGGGGCGUAGCUAGUCCCCUGCACCCCCUAGUAGAACCUCACUGUGAAACUGGAGGUCUCUGAUGGAUCAGGGUAGUAAUGAGCAGAGUCCAGAGGAGCCGGACGCAGGAGGUCGAGCGGAGCCGGAAGUCGGCAGGAGGGCGUCGGAGUCAGAGCACGGCUUGUCCAAAAUCACCCAUAAUGCCCUGGAGAACAUGGGAGCGUUGGGCCAUGGCCUGAAGCACUUCUUCCAGCCACAGCGCCGACGCUCCUCCGUUUCCCCACAUGACUCCGUCUCGUCCUGCACAGGCGCCCCUCCCUCCGAACCCACUGAUGUAGGGUCAGAAGUAGGGGACGCUCCUGCCUCCUCGGCCCUCCCUUUGGAUUCUGACAACCCUGCCGCUUCCGCCCCUCCCGCAGCUCUGAGCCGUGUUCUGCAGCAGUUCCGAGGUCCACCAAUGAAGCGAGGCACCAGCCUGCAGAGCCGCCGCAGCAAGGUGGGCGGCACUGGGGAUCCUCCCCAGAAAGGUAGCCCACAGAUCCACCGGCGCAGCACCCAUGAGGCCUUGCUGCAGGCUGGACGCCCACGCUCCUCCUCCACCACAGAUACACCUACCAGCCCAGCCCUAGCUGACAUGCUGCUGACCUCUGGUUACCACUCAACUGAGGAGCCUGACAAGCUGGAUCGUUAUGAUGGAUUGGGCCCUGCUUUGUCACCCAAUGCCCUCCCCUACGGUGCAGAUGGGUAUGAUGUAGUUGACAAUACCCCAGACCCCCAGCGAACUAAGCAGGCCAUUGCCCAACUACAACAGAAGAUCCUCAAGCUCACAGAACAAAUCAAAAUCGAGCAAACUGCACGUGAUGACAACGUGGCUGAAUACCUGAAACUCGCUAAUAACGCAGACAAACAACAGAGUGCACGCAUCAAACAGGUGUUUGAGAAGAAGAACCAAAAGUCAGCUCAGACUAUCCACCAACUGCAGAGGAAGCUGGAGCAUUACCACCGGAAGCUUCGAGAGGUGGAGCACAACGGUAUCCCUCGCCAGCCCAAAGAUGUUUUCCGAGACAUGCACCAGGGGCUGAAAGAUGUUGGAGCCAAGGUGACAGGUGGUCUCUCCAGUUUCUCUCAAGCCACUCACUCUGCAGCUGGAGCUGUCGUGUCUAAGCCGAGAGAAAUCGCCUCCCUCAUCCGCAACAAGUUUGGCAGUGCUGAUAACAUUGCAUCCCUAAAAGACUCCUUGGAUGAAACACAGGGAGAUGAAGGCAUUGGUCCUGGGGGAACGAGGACCCUUGGGACAGGACAGUUGCAGUCCAGCCCAAAGUAUGGCAGUGAUGAUGACUGUUCUAGCGCUACUUCUGGCUCUGCAGGAGCCAACAGCACGACUGGAGCCCCUGGAGGACCCCCUAGCUCCAAGGGCAAUACCCUUGACCAUGCCCAAGCCUCAGGCUUUGAUGCUAUACUCCAUGAGAUCCAAGAGCUCCGGGAAAACCAAGGUCGACUGGAGGAGUCCUUUGAAAACUUGAAAGCCCACUAUCAGCGUGAUUACACGAUGAUCAUGGAGGCUCUGCAAGAGGAACGAUACAGGUGUGAACGUUUAGAAGAACAGCUCAAUGACUUGACAGAACUACACCAGAAUGAAAUUCUGAACUUGAAACAGGAACUAGCCAGCAUGGAGGAGAAGAUUGCUUACCAAUCUUACGAAAGAGCGAGGGACAUUCAGGAGGCGUUGGAGGCCUGUCAGACACGUAUCUCCAAGAUGGAGCUGCAGCAGCAGCAACAGCAGGUGGUGCAGCUUGAGGGUUUAGAGAACGCCACAGCACGGACUCUUCUUGGAAAACUAAUCAAUGUGCUGCUAGCUGUUAUGGCAGUCCUUUUGGUGUUUGUGUCCACGGUGGCUAACUGUGUCGUCCCCUUGAUGAAAACACGCAGCCGCACACUUACUACACUGCUCCUCGUCAUCCUCCUUGCCUUCCUCUGGAGGCAUUGGGAUGCUAUUUCAGAGUAUCUGCAUCACUUUCUUCUGCACCCCAGAUGACCAGCUUGGAGAGGCUUAUUUAAAUGACGAAGGGACAGAGGGUUUGGGGCUGAUGUGUAAAGGGAGGACGUUGACCCAUACAGGGCAUACAGGGAGUUGAAUCUCAAUAGUGCUACCUUUUCUUCCUUUUCAACAGCCUCUCAAAACACUCAGGAGGAUUGCAUCAGAGGGUUGUCACUUUAUCACUUUCUGAAAUGUGUUUUGAGAAGAAUAAAAUGAAGAAUAAGGUGGAGAAAAGGCUGGAUGUUUGGUAUUGACUUGCUAUCUUUGGUGCAAUUGUGGCACAAGCACACUGUAAGGGUGAAAGGGGCAUAGUUGGCGGGGCUGAGAGAACUGCACACUUGAUUUCUCUCUUCUGAGUGAAUUUGUUUACAUGUGGAAAACUGCAUUGUUUCCCCACAGAAGAAAUUGUACUUUUAUUAUUUUUGAGCUGAUUCAAGUGGUAUUGUUUUGAAGUCACUGCUAUUUUUAAUACAGCUGAUUGGUGGCUUUUUUUCUUUUCUUUUAACUGUAAUGAGCCAACACUGUUCUGCUGAUUUAGUUGUCCACAUUCUCUUUUUGUAAGUUCUCUCUCUUCUGGUCUUUCCAGUCUGCUCGUUAUUUCCCCUUCACUCAAUAUUUUCAAAUUUCAGCUUGUGUGGCCAACUCUUCAUCUUCCUGCUCACUACAUUUUGAAGAAUGGGGUGCUUGCACAUCAGCUGCAUUGCUCUGGAAUCAGACUUGUCACUGGAUCAAAUGGUAGUGGGUUCUUGACUUGUUUCUUUUGGAUGUUUUAAGUCAGUAACACUGGUUCAGCCACAACCAGGAUAUAACUAUCAAGAACUGUUGAGUUGGAGUUGCGACCCUGCCCUCUGGGCCAACUGGAUCCUGCUAUCCUGGUGGCUUUUCCACUGCAGAAGAAUAAUCUAUGAACUGAAUUAACAUACUUGAAGAGUGCUUUAAGUGCUCAAAGACUCAGUGCUUCCGUACUGUUUCCAUAGUGACAAUGAAAUAGUAAUACUUUUUAGUUUAUUUUUUAUUUUUUAAAGACAAAUAAAUUUGCUGUUUUAAAAGGUGAAAGUCUAA